AUGGAGAUCAACCCAGAAUAUAUGAACAUGGAAAGUCCCAACCUAGCCAACAAGCGUCCCAAGGUCUUGAUUAUCGGAGCCGGCCUCGCAGGAAUCACGCUCGCCAUGCUGUUGGAGAAGACCAACAUCCCCUAUGAAAUCUUUGAACGCGCCAGGGCCGUCAAGCCUCUCGGUUCUGCCAUUUUUCUCAAUUCGACAACGGCAAAGGUCUUCAAGCAAUGCGGCAUCUACGAUGAGCUGUUUGCUUCUGGCAAGAUUACCCGCUGCAUCCAGAUUGCCAACGAGAACCGAGAAAUCGAAUACAUCAUGGACUAUGGUGAAGAUGCCCUCAAAAUGUUCGGAUCCCACGGUUACAUCUUGUCGAGGCCAAAGUUGUACGGGAUCCUCCUCGCUCAGGUCCCCAAGGAGCGCUUCCACAUGAACAAGAAGAUGCUCUCGAUGGAGAACGGCGGUAACGGUGUCCUGGUCCGCUUCAGUGACGGAACCACCGAGGAAGGCGACAUCCUUGUUGGCGCAGAUGGUGCCUACAGUGCUGUCCGCCAAAACCUGUAUGCCAAGCUGAAGAAACUCAACAAGCUGCCCAAGUCCGACGCCUUGCCAUUGCCAUACAGUACCACCUGCCUUGUCGGACAAACUCGUCCUCUCGACCCGGAGGACUUCCCAAACUUGAAGGAGAAGACGUGCCAGUUCAUUCGUAUCCUUGGAGACCACAAGCCUUACACUUGGACUUUCUUCACGACAGCAGCCAAUACUGUUUGCUUCAGCAUCAUCGAAUUUCUCGACGAUGAAACAAGGAAGCUAAGCGACACCUUCCGCUCGUCCGAGUGGGGCAGCGAUGCGGCAGGAGCGAUGAUCGAGCAGGUUAGACACCUCCCCAUUAUCAGCGGUGGCGACAAGAUAACCACUGUUGGCGACCUCAUCGAUUUGACUCCUAGGGAGUACGUUUCCAAGGUUGUGUAUGAGGAAAAGUUGUUCAAGACGUGGCAUCACAUGCGCACAGUCCUUAUUGGCGAUGGUAACCUAAACCCUGCUGGCGGUUCUGGCGCAGCGAAUGCCAUCCACGACGCCGUUACGCUCGCCAAUUACAUCAAUGCCCUCCCCACCCAGCCCAGCGUAGAGGACAUUCAAAAAGCAUUCAAGGACUACAGGCAUGAACGCAUCCCCUGGGUCACCGAAGCGUUUGAAUCCAGCGCGGUUUUUAGGACCAUGGUGGAAACGGGUAUCAAGGCCAAGAUGGUUCGAUAUGUAUCCAAGAACAUGCCAUCCUUCGUAAACCGCAAAAUGCUCAUCCGCAUGGCCAUCAAUCAACCCCAAUGCUCUUUCAUGCCCCUGAUUCCAGACGCGGGCACGCACAAGUCGGCCAACCAAAUGAGUGUGACCCAAACACUCAAAAUGAUUGAAGAGAACAAGAGGCACGAUGAUACCAACGCCAAGAAGAGGGCAGCACAACUCGCCAAACAGUUUGCGGUUGCAGAAAAGGACCGAGAGGAGAGAGCAGAAGAAAUCGCACAGGCCAAAGCCGAGAUGGAGAGGAGGUUGUAG